GCCCAACAGCGAGUGUGAUAUAUCUCGUUAGUAUAUUCGCAUAAUUGCGAACUGCGGUCACACACUGCACAACAACACAGGAGACGCGCCAAAAACCCGAGUAUUUUGCCACAGCCACAAAAACAGAAUAGUACCAACACCCUAAGGAUCAAUAAUUAAGGAUGAGCACAAGCCUGGAUGCAACGAUAUGCGCAUAUUUUGUAGACAACACGACCAGCGACGGCGACAACGCUGUUGCCGAACAAUUUGCCGAAGCUUUGCGCUUGAUGCGCGAUCAAUUGGCGGACACGCAAAUCCGGGAAAUUCGUCCAAGCGAGGGAUUCCCUUUGAUUGCCGGCGGCGGCCUGACCAAACAGGAUGUCUUUGUCAUCGCACGCUUUGAGGGCGAUUUCUUCGAGCAGCUGCAAACCACAAAGGCACUCAUCCUCGGACCACCCUGCAUCAUCGAUUGCUUGACAAGAUGCACUCCAGUUCCGCUGGGCACCAGUCCUAUCUACAGCACGGCGAUGCGUGAUCUGCAGAUCUCUGCGAGUGGCGUGAGCACUCGCGAGAAGGACGAACUCAAGAAGCUUAUCCAUUGGAUGGGCGGACACUAUUUCCAGAACUUUGGCCGCAACAUCACGCACCUCAUCUCGAACACCAUCAAGUCGAAUAAGUACGAGCAUGCCACGCUCAAUGGCGUCGCAGUGAUGCAUGUGGAUUGGGUGCAGCGCGUCUGGGAGCGUCACAUCAGCGCCGAAGAUCCGCAGUUCGAGAAAUAUCGUCUGCCCACGUUCUUUGGCGCCAACAUCACGUGCAGCGGUCUGGAGGCGUCGCGCAAGGAUGCCGUCAUGCGGCUGGUCAACGAGAAUGGCGGCAACUAUCAUCGCGCCUUUCGCUCCCAGCAGGUGGACAUUGUGAUCACAGAGCAAUCGAAGACGGACUCGGAAAAGUACAAGGCGGCGCUGCGCUUCAAGAAGGACAUCCUGCUGCCGGAGUGGAUCUUCGAGAGCGCUGCCCGUGGCUACGCACUGCCUACCAAACAGUACGAGGUGCGUCCCCGCAAGCAGAUGUCCACGCCUACCAAACAGCGAUCGGGUGAGGUGAACCAGACGUCCGACCAGCUGCCGGAUCUGUCCUGCAUCAGUUUUAUGUCUAACGCCGCCGGGCGACGCAUGUGCAGCGACAACACGACGCUCAACGAGACGCAGAGCAGCAACUCGGGAGGAUCAGGAGUAUCAGGAGUUGCCUCUGAGGCUGGCGGCGCCGGUUCGGCAGCCAAGCAGCUGCUCAAGCAGGCAACCUCACAGCACGCGCAGCAGGUGAACUACCAGCAGACGCUCGCCGAGAUCUGUCCGCGCCAGGCGAAGCAGGCGGGCAGCUUCCUCGACGGCUGCUGCGUCUAUUUGAGCGGCUUUCGGACCGCCGAGCGGGAGAAGCUGCAUCGCGUGCUCAACACUGGCGGCGCCACUCGCUACGACGAUCCGCACGAGGGACUCACGCACAUCAUUGUCGGCCAGCUGGACAUGACCGCCUAUCGCCAGUGGCAGGCGGACGGACUGCUCGCCGCCUGCCAGGUGGUGCAGCUGGAGUGGCUGCGCGAGAGCAUCCGGCUGGCGAGGAUUGCCAGCGAGCUGCCGCAUCGUGUCGCGCUGCCGGAUGCUGCGGGCGUCGAGCCGACGAUCGCCUCGCCGGGCAGCAAGCGGACGCUGCGUUCCAUGAAUCACAGCUUCAAGCAGCCGUCGACGAUGGCGCCCAUCAAGAAGAAGCUCUUCGAACUGCCCGCCGAGGAGGCGGAGCCGGAGUUGGAGCCAUCGCUGCUGACACAGUAUGCGGCCGAUCAGGAGCCAGCGAUGCCGUUACCCGCCGCCUGUUCCACGCAGCUCAACAACACCGUGACGCCAGCUGUGCCCUCAGCUCCUGCUCCUGCUCCUCCUCUGGCUGUGGCGCUGCCCGAUCUCAGCGCCAGCACGCUCUCCAUUGACUUUGACAAGCUGGACUAUCUGCAGGGCGCCACCGUCUAUGUGCAUCCGACGAGCUUUAGCAGCGAGCUCUACGAUCAAAUGGUCAGCGAAUGCCAGGCGGCGCAGGGAUGCCUCGUCUCCGCCAGCUACACGGAUCCCGUUGACUUUGCCAUCGUCAGCUUCGAGCAGCUGCUCGAUGUGAGCACGCUGCCGGUGCGGUGGCGUCACCUGGUCACCGAACUCUAUCUCGAGUCCUGCAUGAAGCAGAACAAGCUCCUCCAGCCCCUCGAGUACUACCAUCAGCCGGUGCCGCAGCAGGCGAAGGCCAACACGCUGGCGGGCAUGACCAUUGUGGUGUCGAUCUAUGCGGGUCUCGAGCGGGAUUUCAUCAAUGCGCUGGCGGAGCUGCAGGGCGGCAGUCUGAACAAGGCGUUCGUGAAGAAGGAGCGUCCGUUGCUGGUGUGCUCCAGUGCCGAGGGCUCCAAGUACGAGGGUGCCUUGAAGUGGGGCUAUCCGGUGGUCACCGCCCAGUGGCUGCUGCACUGCGCCCAGGGUGGCGAGAAGCUUCCCUUUGCCGGUUACCUGGUGGGCACGAGUGCCGCCGAGUUUCCCGCCUCGCCGCGGCUCAGGGAGAGCAACAAGCAGUUGCCUCCGCCGCCGCAGGAGCCUCAACAACAACAGCAGCAGCAGCAGACACCGCUCUCGCAUCGCAGCAGCAGCAAGCAGCGAGAACAGUUGCAGCCGGAACCGCCGCAGAUGCAGCAGGAGAACCAAGUGACGCCGCUGCGCAAUCCACGCAUAUCGGAGCUUGUCACGGGUCUCGCCAGCACACGACGUCGCUCCAGCUCCGGAGACGUCUCGCCGCAGACGCCGCUGCAACGUGCGGGGGCAGGAACGGGCGCGUGCAACUUUGAGUUCCUCGAGCAGGUGGCCCAGCGUCUGGACACGAGCCAAGCACGUGACUGCGUGCGUCAGAUCAUACGCGAGAUGCGCGAGAAUCAAACACCCGAACUGGAACGGAUCCGGCGUCAGGCGUGCACGCCGGUAAAUCGUCGUCAGGCGGCUGCACAGCAUCCCGUACCGGGGAUACCAGACUUUUGCCUCACCCCGGAGUUCCAGCAGCGCAUGGCCGAUGACUUCGAGCGGCGCUGGCGUCUGCCCAAGCAGCAGCUGAAGCCGGACACGCCGAUUGCGGUGAUACGACAGCGUGUGAUGCGCAUCACCUGCGAGACCCUGGGCAUCGAGUACACAUCGGGGGAGGAGGAGGACCAGCACCAGCAGCAGCAGCAGUCGGUACAGGUACAGGUACAGGUACAGAAGCCAUCCACACCCACAGGCAGAACUCUGUUCCAGGCUAGGAAGACAGCGACUCCAACUGCAACUCCAACUCCAAAAGCAGCAACUGCAACGCCAAAGCGAAGAACAGCGUUGCCCGCCUCGCCCUUUGUGCCCAACACGCAGCCGCAAGACGAGCAGCCGAGCAGCAACAGCUGCGCCACAAUCAACUUUGACAAGAUCAGCUUCGAGGAGUCGAGUGCGGACAAUAUGUCCGAGCUGAGACAGAUCACCGACUACCUCAAGAGCCGCGAGUCUCGUCGCUCGAGCCUCAAGCGCGAUCACGAUGGCCAAGCGCGCAGCCAGGCGCAAUUUGUGCAGCCCUUCGAGUCCGAGGGAUUCGCGCUGGGCACCAACAGCGAGGACAUGGUCGACUGGCGCGAUCCCGUCGACUUCAAUGGCGACCAACGACGCUCCGAAAGCGGCAUCGGCGCCAGCACCUCGCCCCGCAUGCAGCACCAAGGAACACCGCCGUGCUUCAGCAUCUCGAGCAGCGACGACGACGAGCGACGACAGCAGCUGAUCGAACGCAUUCGCGGAUUGGGCGGCACUGUGUGCCAGAAUUUGGUCAACUAUGAUCCGGAGUGUACGCAUCUGUUGUGCGAGCGUCCCAAUCGCGGCGAGAAGCUGCUCGGUUGCAUGGCAGCCGGCAAAUGGAUUCUCACCAUUCAAUACAUCGAGCAGUGCCAUGCGAAGGGCGUCUUCCUCGACGAAUCGCUCUGCGAAUGGGGCAAUCCCAAGGCACUCAACUUGCCACCGCUGACGCCCGAGGAGCAACCCAUUGCGGUGGCAGCGCAUCGCUGGCGUCUCGAUGGUGGCGGCGCAUUUCGCGACCAGCGCGUCAUCCUCAGUCUGCAGGAGCGGAGCUUGGCCGCCAUUCGGAAUGUGCUGCGUGCCGGAGGCGCAUGCAUUCUGGAGCCCCAAUUGCCACUUGGAUCGGAUGAUGUGGCCGCCGGUGCCACGCAUUGUUUUGUCGACGUGAAGAAGGCGCCGCUGGCUGCCGCGGAUCUCGAGUAUCUGCAGCAACAUGGUGUUCGCAUCAUGUCCCAGAUGUGGAUCAACAGCUAUUUGAUGGGCGGACGCGAUGCCAACCUGGAGAAGUAUGUGCUGCGUUAAAAGCCAGCUGGAGGAGGAUUCCCAAUCAUCCAAUCACCCAAUUCACUCUUCAAUUUUUUUUGUAGAUUUAUAUAUUCUUGUUAAAUUUGAUCACUUUAUGUUUUUGUAGUAAGUUCUGCUUCGAUCGGAGCCGACGAAAGUCUGAGUCCCAAUUAGUUGUAAGACGGCAAUUAAAUAUUCGUUUAACUAUUUUCACACAAAUCACAACAAUCGAUGUAUUAUCAAUUGCACAUAAGCGCAUCUAAGAUAAUUGCAUUGCAUAUAUAGAUUAUUGCAGUUCGAUUAUUGUAUCAUUUUAAAUAUUGGUUUAACUAUUUUCACACAAAUCACAACAAUCGAUGUAUUAUCAAUUGCACAUAAGCGCAUUUAAGAUAAUUGCAUUGCAUAUAUAGAUUAUUGCAGUUCGAUUAUUGUAUCAUUUUUAAGGCACCACAAUUGUGCAGUUAAGCGCAAAGCAGCUCAGCAUAACUUUUAAAUAUUCUACAUAUACAUACGUAUAUGUUUAAUUGCUCAUUGCAGAUAAGUGCAUAUCGAAGAGCGUGUGCAGUACUCUUAUGUAUUAGCGUAAACACAUUUUGUUUGAAGUUAAGUGAAAUUGAGAUGUCAUUAACUGCAGCUACACACUUAAUUGCACAUUCAAACUAAUUGCAUUUACAUAUU